AUGGCAACAGCUCCAUCACCGUCAUCGUCGCCGUCAGUACUACUCACCAAGGGAUGGGGAAAAGAGAAGGAAACGGCGAGAGAGGAUGGCGAGGGUGCAGAGAUUCUGGCAGUUUCAGGGGAUGGGGGUUCCGACCACGAGAGGACGGCGGUGCAGUCGCUUAUUCUUGAACCAAAUGCAGCCUUUCUGCAGCUUAGAGCUGUUCUUGAAAUUAACCCCCCUCUCGUCUCCUCUCCUCUGCUUGUCUUCACUUCUAGAACAAUGGGUAAGGCAACUGGCGGGGUCUCUUCAGGUUUGGUUGAUGAUGAGCAGCUGAUGGCGGGGAUCCAAUUUUGGAUGGGUCUUCAUGCCCCAGGUGUUCUUUGUUCUGCUUUUCUGUCUUCUAAAUUUUGGUUGAUAGAAAGCAUCGUGCAAGAAGGAGAGAUGUCGAUGAUAGUUGACGCCUUCGUCUCUAAGCUCCUUGAUGGGUUGGCCUCGGUGAAGGAUGAGGUGGCCCGGGUCUUAGGUGUGGCCGACGAGAUCGCACGGCUCCAAGAAACUCUUCAAACAAUAAAAGCCGUCCUCGCCGAUGCCGAGAGGAAAAAGAUUCAGAGCGAAGCCAUAAAUAACUGGCUCAAGAAGCUCAAGGACGUCAUGUACGACGCUGACGACAUCCUCGACGAAUGCCGGUUCGAGGCCGAGAAAUCUAAAGUUGCAACCUCCUCCAGACCUCAACCUUCGUCUUAUUUUUCUGUUGGGAUGUCAGUAUUCAAGAAGAUGAGGUUUACUCACCAGAUUGAUAGGAGAAUCCAUGAACUCAAUCAGAGGCUAGAGAACAUCUUGGCAGAGAAAUCUAAAUUUGAUCUCCAGCUCUUUUCUGCCGGCCGUGACGACCACCAAUCCACUUCUAAAGUUAGCAGGAUGACAUCUUCCAUACCUGAGCCUGAUAUCGUGGGGUCCAAUGUCGAGCAGGAUACCGGAAAAGUGGUGGAGUUGUUGAUUAAGGAGGACACUCGGGAAAACAUUCUUAUAUAUGCCAUUGUUGGAGUUGGUGGAAUUGGCAAGACCACUCUUGCUCGAAGGAUUUUCAACGACGAAAGGAUAACAGCCAACUUCCCGAUGAAGCUCUGGGUCUGCGUGUCUAAAGAUUUUGAAGAGACUAGUCUACUGAAAGACAUCAUCACUUGGGCAGGAGGCAGUCCAGGAGGCGCCUCUAGCAGAGCACAGCUCGAGCCCAUGGUUGGAGAGGCUGUCACAAAUAAGAAAUUCUUGCUUGUCUUGGAUGACUCAUGGGACCAAAAUGUAUGGAAUGAUUUACUCCGAAACCCCUUGCAGAGUGGGGCAACCGGAAGUAGGAUCCUUGUGACCACAAGAAAUGAAGGGGUUGCAUUGCAAAUGAAGGCCGUAGAAUCUCAUCAAGUGAAGCUCUUGUCUGCUGAAGAUGGUUGGGUGCUGCUGCGCAAGGUGGUGGUUUUGAGUGGGCAGGAGAGAGAGAUCGAAGAUUUAAAGGAUAUUGGAGAGAAGAUUGUUGACAAAUGUGGCCGCCUCCCUCUUGCUAUUAAGACCGUUGGAGGAGUAUUGUCAAGGAAGAGCAGGAACAAGAAAGAUUGGGAGAUGGUGCUUAAAACCCUUUCAAACAAUGCUUGGUCUUCUUUGACGGACUUCCCCAAAGAGGUUCAACCCGCCCUAUACUUGAGUUAUGAAGACUUGCCAUCUCAUCUCAAGCAGUGCUUUUUAUAUUGCUCGAUGUUCCCUGAGGACUAUACAUUCUAUCGUCGCGAUCUAAUUCGUUACUGGAUCUCUGAAGGAUUCAUCCAUGAAGAAGGAGAUCUAACAUUGGAAGAGUUAGGUGAAGAUUGUUAUGGGGAUCUUGUUCAGAGGAGUUUUUUGCAACCAGUUCCCUGGCCCGAUGAUGAUGAGCAUUCUAAAUGCACUGUGCAUGAUCUACUAUGGUCCCUUGCUCGAUUUUUAGCAGGAGAUGAGAACUUUUUUGUGAAAGAUGGGUUUGAAGCGGUAAAUAGUUCAUCUUCAGUGAAGCGACGUCGCUUAUGGGGUCGUGCUAAAAAAGAACAACGCCAAGAAUUUAUUGAUGCAUUGGAAGGGCACAACUCCUUGAGAACUCUAGUGCUACGCUUGGAAGGAUCGCAGGUGGAAGAGAAUGAUGUCCACAAUCUGAUUAAGAAGACACCGCGUCUGAGAGUACUACACUUUUUAAGCUCUAAUAUCAUAAAAUUGCCAGGCUCCUUGGGAAAUCUCAUACAUCUACGUCAUUUAGAUUUGAGAUCGUCACAAAUAAGUGAGCUACCAGAGAGCAUAGAGAACCUUGUAAAUCUGCAGUUCUUGAUCCUUCAGUCGUGCGGAAGUCUACGCAACCUUCCUAAGGGCAUCGGGAAGCUGCACAACCUGCGGUGUCUUGACCUUUUUGCAACAGAACUGGAGGGUAUACCAAUUGAAAUUGCAAACUUGCAUCGACUAAACACACUGAUACAUUUUGUGAUCAGGAACAACAAUAGCAGUAGUGGUUGCUGUACACUGGAAGAAUUGAAAUCUCUACAAAAGCUUAAAGUGCUCCGUAUCAGGCAGCUGGAGAGGGCAUUGAAUGAGGGUGCGGUUACAGGAGUAAAUGCACUGAGAGACAUGUUGCAGCUUGAAGUCCUACAUUUGGAUUGGAAAGGUUGUUCUCUUCGUCUCCACAAAAGUGAUCAUUACAGUGAAGAGGAGACCAAACGAAUUGAGGAGAUCUUUGAGGUGACGCUCCAUCCGCCGCCAUGCCUAGAAUCUCUUGAAAUCAAUUUUUACUUUGGACUCCGUUUCCCGAGUUGGAUAGCGUCUAGCAGCAUGGACUCGCUUCGACGGUUGAAGCUCUCAUUCUGUGACAAGUGCCCGCAACUUCCACCGCUAGGGAAGCUCCCCAACUUGGAUUACCUCAAGAUAAGUUGGGCAACAGCUGUCAAAAAGAUCGGAACCGAAUUUUUGGGUCAGGGACCUGACAGUAGCAGAGAUCAAGGAGGCAGGAUACAAAUUUCGUUCCCUAAGUUAACAACAUUGAUAUUCGAAUACCUGCACAAUUGGGAGGAAUGGGAAUGGGAGGUGAAGGAUGAUGACAGACCGAUAGUCUUACCAAAUUUAAAAGUACUGAAACUCAUGGAUUGUCCAAAGUUGAGGUCUCUUCCUUCUGGCCUUGUUCACCAUGCCACUACCCUAACAGAGUUGGAAAUAGUAGGUGCAUGUGCUAUCAAAAAGAUCGGGACUGAAUUUUUGGGUCAGGAACCCGACUGUAGCAGAGAUCAAGGAGGCAGGAUACAAAUUUCAUUCCCUAAGCUCACAAAAUUGAUAUUUGCUGGCAUGUUCAAUUGGGAGGAAUGGGAAUGGGAGGUGAAGCAUGAUGACAGACUGAUAGCCUUACCAAACUUAAAACAAUUGACUCUUUGUCAUUGUCCAAAGUUGAGGUCGCUUCCUUCUGGCCUUGUUCACCAUGCCACUUCCCUAACAAAGUUGGAAAUAUCUAGCUGUGACAAUCUCAGAGAAAUCAGGGGCCUUUCCUCCAUCAAAGAAUUGGAAAUAUCUUAUAGCCGCAAUCUAGAGGGUGUUUCGGACCUUCCGAGCUUGAAAACAUUGGCACUGGGAGAUGAUAAGAUGCAGUCCAUACCGGAGUGGUUACACGACUUCCCUGCACUCAACAAGCUUGAGAUCACGGCCGGUACCCAACUGCUCCGCAGAUGCCUCAAGAAUGGCUUAGAUUGGACCAAGAUAGAACAUAUCCCCAACGUAUAUGCCAAGAAUUUUAAUAGAUCCAGAUACAUCUCCAAGAGUCCCUCUGCGUUCAGCACCAGCUUAAAUGACAAUGUUGAAGAUGAGUACGGGCACACAAGGUUCUCUAUUCGCAAUUAG